UUUGUCGUUUGACAAUUAUGAAUUCUUCUCAAUAUCUCAAUGGAAUCAUUAUUCUAAUCACCAUCUUGGCCAUGUAUUGCAAUGAAUUAUCGAUUAAAAUUGAUAUGGAAUGUGAUUUUGGUGGUAGUGAUAUACCACGUGUCUGCGUUUUCAUCGAAGUUUUUGAAGAUGAGCCUAUGUACGAACAACUUCUCAGAAAUCACUCACGAUGUAUUAUCACUGACUUAAUUCAUUUUUCAAGAGAACUUGAAAAUAAGGAUUAUUUUUAUCCGGAAGGCGAAAAGCAUCGCGUUCGAGUUGGCAUACCACCGAUUAAAUUUCGGAAAGUAUUGAGAAACCAUUUACAGGAAAAUUUGACAAUGUUCGUGCAAAUCUCUCACGAUUGUAGUUCCAAUAGGAAAAUUCGAUGUUUUGAAACUUCUCUCUAUUACAAUACGACGAUUUCUAAAAAUGAGAUAUUCAUUACUGAUAAGCUGAAAGAUCAAGGAAGAAUGAGAGCAUGCAGUCCACGUUGGGAAGGUAGCGAACUAUGGAAUGGUCAAAUGUUAAAUGGAAGAUAUGAUCAAUGA